AUGACCGAAUACGGCACCAGUAAGCACGGCUUCACCGACCUGGAGAGCAACUCCCGCCUGCCAUUCUAUCAUGUUCACAACCCAAACUUCCGCGCCUACCUUGCGGAAUUCGUCGGCACCUUCAUCCUCGUGCUUAUCGGUGAUGGAUCCGUUGCGCAGUACGUGCUCGGCGGAGGCGGUGCCGGCCACUACCUGUCCGUGAACUUGUGCUGGGGUAUCGCUCUGCUUUUCGGCAUUCACUUCGCUGGAGGUGUCAGUGGUGGUCACCUGAAUCCGGCCGUCACUCUCACGCUGGCCUUGUUCAAGCGUUUCGAAUGGCACAAGGUUCCCGGUUACUUUGUCGCCCAGACUGCCGGUGCCUUCGCGGCCGCCAUCAUCGUCUUCAUUGUGUACUACCCGUGGUUCGAUAUCCACGACCCGGAACGUGAGACAACGCAGGGUAUCUUCGCCACCUACCCAAACGCUCAGAUCCCUAACUGGUCGGCCCUUGCGAAUGAGAUCAUCGGUACGGCUCUGCUUGUAAGCGGCAUCUUUGCUGUCGGAGACCAGCUCAACAAGCCCGCGAGCCCCUACAGUUUUCCUGGUGCCGUUGCUCUGAUGCUUACGUGCAUUGGCAUGGCGUUCGGCCUCGACACUGGUUAUGCUCUCAACCCCGCUCGUGACUUCGGUCCUCGUCUCUUCACAUUCUUCGCUGGAUGGGGCUGGAAGGUGUGGACUCUGCGUGACGGCUACUUCUGGAUCCCCAUUGUCGGUCCGUUUGUGGGUGGCAUUGUUGGUGCUGCCACGUACGUGGGUCUCAUUGAGGCCCACCACCCUCCUCAGUAA